UACUUCCAGAGAACAAAUCGAUUGGCGGACGUGAAUAGACGGCUGAAGUCGCAAAUAUGGAGCUCCGUGGUGACGAUUGUACUCGUGGAAGCGAAGAAUCUGUUGCCGAUGGAUAUAGACGGUCUGUCGGACCCGUACGUCAAGUUUCGUUUGGGAACCGAGAAGUACAAGUCGAAGGUGAUUCACAAGACCUUGAAUCCGGUUUGGCUGGAGCAAUUCGAUCUUCAUCUGUACGAGGACCCGUACCUGGGCCAAGAAUUGGAGGUGACUGUCUGGGAUCGGGACAAGAGCCACCAGGACGACAUCAUGGGGCGAACGGUGAUCGAUUUGACGACGCUCGAGCGUGAGACCACUCAUCGUUUAUGGCGCGACCUCGAGGACGGCUCCGGAAAUGUUUUUCUUUUGUUGACGAUCAGUGGAACCACCGCUAGCGAGACUAUCAGCGACCUAGCCGCGCACGAGGACACUCCUCGCGAACGAGAGCAAUUGUACCAAAGAUAUUCGGUAUUGAAUACCCUGCAGAGGGUACGGGACGUUGGUCAUCUGACUGUGAAGGUGUUCAGAGCUCAGGGUCUCGCGGCGGCCGAUUUAGGGGGAAAGAGCGAUCCCUUCUGCGUCCUCGAAUUGGUGAACGCCAGACUGCAGACUCAAACCGAGUACAAAACUCUCGCGCCAAACUGGCAGAAGAUCUUCACCUUCAACGUGAAGGACAUUAAUUCGGUGCUCGAGGUGACGGUGUACGACGAGGACAGGGACCACAAAGUAGAGUUUCUCGGGAGGGUCGCCAUACCAUUGCUGAGGAUUAGAAACGGCGAGAAGAGGUGGUACGCGUUGAAGGACAAGAAGCUUAGGGGCCGAGCGAAGGGAAACGCGCCGCAGAUCCUGUUGGAGAUGAACGUCGUCUGGAACGUGUUCAGGGCCUGCGCGAGAACCUUGAAUCCCAAGGAGAAGAAGUACAUGGAGCCGGAGAUCAAGUUCAAGAGACAGGUCUUCUUGCGGAAUGUACUCAGGCUGAAGGCUAUCAUCAUUAUCUUCAUCGACAUUGGGAAAUACGUUCAGAGCUGCUGGGAGUGGGAAAGUAAAAUGAGAAGCAUCAUCGCGUUGGUCAUCUUCAUUUUCGGCUGUUACUACUUCGAGCCUUACAUGAUACCGGGUGCGGCGUUACUUAUACUUCUGAAGUAUUAUUUGCUUUGCGGAGAUGGGAGUGGGCUGAAUCAAUGGAUUUCCGGACAGGUUGCAGUGAUCACCGGCACGCCCUUAACUCAUCACUCCAGCUCCCAUUUACACGACGAGGGUGAUGAAGGCCCGACCACCCCUGGGGACGACGACGACGACGACGACGACAAGGACAAAGAAGAGAAGAAAAGUCUGAAGGAGCGACUGCAGGCGAUCCAGGAGGUGACCCAAACGGUUCAGAACUCGAUCGGUUACAUAGCGAGCCUGUGCGAGAGGGUGAAGAAUCUCUUCAAUUUCACAGUCCCCUAUCUGAGUUACUUGGCGAUAAUGCUGGUGAUCGUCGGCGCCGCUGUUCUUUAUUUCAUCCCAGUCAGAUACCUUAUCUUGGCGUGGGGCAUCAAUAAAUUCUUCAGAAAGGUCAUCCGGCCUCACUCGGUCCCGAACAACGAGGUUCUCGAUCUGAUAUCCCGAGUGCCCGACGACGAGGAGUUACUCAAUUACAGGGAGUUGAAACCUUCACCGACAGCGGACUGCGAGAAAGCUGGCACCUCGGGCAGCCUGGGUACCUCGAGCAUGUCGCGGCGAGAGCAAAGGAAGAGACACAAGGCCGCGUAGCAGCAUGCCCCGCGGCCAGAAGUCGCGGGUCUACGAUCGCCGAGCAUCCUGAGGACGGUCCUGCUACGCCGGAAGAU